AUGGACCCCAGAGCUGUGGUUUCUCUUCUCCUGCUGCUGCUGAUGGGCCUCUGCACAGCUCAUGAUGGCACGGAUCAUGGUGCUGAUGAUGAGAUCUUAGCGGAUGCUCCUGACACAGAGGACUUUACUGCAACCAUUCUGAAGAUGAACAAUGUAUCUAAUAAUUUCCUGCUGGAGGGAGAUAUACUGAUACCAAAAACCAGGACUGCUAUGAAGUGCAUGAAUAAAGCGUAUAGCUGUCUGUGGCAGAAGUCGGCCAACGGGAAUGUUGAAAUCCCUUUCCUUAUAAGCGAAAAAUACGACAACACUGAGAGGAGUGAGAUUUUACGUGCCAUGAAGGACUUUGAAUACAAAACCUGCAUCCGCUUCGUUCCACGUGCAGCUGAGAGAGCGUACUUAAGCAUUCAACCAAGAUACGGCUGCUUCUCUAUGCUGGGUCGUAUCGGAGACAAGCAGGUGGUGUCACUGCAGAGGUACAGCUGCAUAAAACAAACCAUCAUCCAGCACGAGCUGCUGCACGCGCUGGGUUUCUACCACGAACACACUCGAAGCGACCGUGACCAGCACAUCAGGAUCAACUGGGACAACGUGAAAGAAUAUUUCAUCUACAACUUCAAAAUCAAGGACACAAAUAACCUCAACACUCCGUAUGACUACUCCUCUGUGAUGCACUACGGAAGAACGGCCUUUGGAAAGAAUGGAGCAGAGACCAUAACCCCGAUCCCUGACUCGUCUGUUCCCAUCGGCGAAAACGACGGACUGUCCAGAAUCGACAUUCUCAGAGUCAACAAGCUCUACAAGUGCUGGCGUUACCUUGGAUAGAAGAUCACUGCAGUGUGUUUGCAUUCUGACAUCAUACCUGACGUCCAUGUGACUGUAUGACAAUAAAGU